CCUCCUUUCUCCAUUAAGAGCUCUUCUGGAGGAGGAAAGAGCUUCGUGGGGAGACAAGGAUGGCUCAGGGGACCUCAGCAUCCCUCUCCGAGAGCCAGGAGAUGGGUGAAUUACAGUUCCUCUUGUGUGAGAGUUGCCAUGGGGAAGUCCAGAGCCCCAAACUCCUGCCAUGCCUUCACAACCUGUGCACCCAGUGCCUCGAAGAAAACCAGCCCAUUGGUCACUGUGCCAUAUGCAGAUCCCCGUACUCUCUCCCUGAACUGCAGUGCAACAUGCUCUUUGCAAACCUUCAGUCCCAGCUGAGCAUCUACCGGAAGAUCAGCCAAGGCCAAGUUUUGGCCUGCAGCUGCAGCUCUGAGAGAGAGGCGGUGUUCUGGUGUUCCGAAUGUAACUGGCACUUUUGCGACGGCGUGUGUUCCGCAAACCACGAGAGAGUCAAGAAGAACGGCCUCCAUGAAGUCAAAACGUUGAAGAAUCUCCAGGCCACGUCUAGGGAAGAGUUCCUUGCAGGGACCAGGAAGCAAAGUGUCAUGAACUGCCCCAAAACAAACCACAAUAGCGAUAUUGCAAGAGUCUAUUGCAAAGAGUGUAGGCGGCCCAUGUGCGUGGUUUGCGUUACUCUGGACAGCAAACACCAGAGCCAGCACUGCGAAAUAUCAGAUGAAAUCCGGCACAGGCAAAACGAGCUGCAGAGCAUGCAAAGGGAGCUCAGGAAAAGCAACCACACCAAAGCCUACCACAGCCUCCAGGAGCUGGUGGGAAACAUGGAGAAGGCGAGGAACGAGACGAGGGAGCUGAUCCAGCAGCAGAUCGGCAAGAUGGUGAAGGUGCUGCGAGAAAAGGAGGCCGAGUUCCUAGCAGAAGUGGAGGACCAGCACCAGCAACAAGUCAAGGAUGUAGAGAGGAGGCUCAAGGACGUGGAAGGCCUGGUCAAGAGGAUGGCAUCCAGUGAUCAGCUGUUGGAGAAGAUGCAGCUCUACGCCUCUGACCAGGUGGUCUUGGAGAUGCACCCCUACAUCAAAAGGUCGCUGGAGGAUUUCAGAGAUAACCAGCCGCCAGUUGUCAAUUUCCAGAUCCAAGCGAGGGACUUUGCAGAGGUCAAGACCCAACUCCAGGCUCUGUAUGACAGAGUGACAAAGGCCAGAGAAGCUGUCCCAGGUGGACUGGAAACUGCACCCAACCAGGGAGGGUCUGAAAAACAGCCUCCCCGCGGCCGCCUUAAUGCUGCGGUGGCCAGAAUGACAGACGCCAGCAACCCAGAUAGCCCCAGCAGCAGCAACGCAAGCAGCAGUAAUCUGGGCCACCUCCCGAAGUCGCCAGCAAAGAGGAAAUGUGCCCACGUGGAAAGGGCUGUCCAGACCCCUCCAAAAGUGGUGAAAAUGGAACAUGAUUACGAUGGUGCGGGAUCCAGCCAGCUGCCUGGCAACAGUUGGUGGCCGGAACCAACAUGGACCAGUUCUCAAUCUCCAGGAUGCGCCCAUUCCACAGGGAGCAGGGACAAGGCAGGAGAAGGCAUGGGCAGCUCAAAGUGUUCCCCCAGGUCUGACCCAGAGCUGUCUGAACCAGGUACAGACAGAAGCUGCUGUUUUACUCAGGGAUUCUUAAGACCAAAUGAUGCUCCUGUGAGCAUUUCUUCAGGAGACGAAAUCUCCGACGACGAAUCUGUGGAAUCUAGCUUGCUACGGGACAUCAGGAACAGAUCACAGAGUAGCCAGGAAGAACGGCUGAGGCAGGAGUUUCAGUCGGGGCACGGGACCAUGGUGUUCUUCGACCUGAAGCUUCUACCGGGAGACGUCCUGCACCUGGUUGCCGUAGCCGAAGAAGCAACCUGCUGCUCUGUCAUAAUCCGGCCUCUGGUGCCUUCCUCUGGCGGAGACGCAAGAAGCCAAUUCUACGAGACUGGGCUGGAGAAUUUCCUUGACUACGUCUCCUCUCUCUCCCUGCCCAUUUUGGUGGGGUACAACAUCUGGUCCAUGGACCAUCUCCCAGCCCUGGUUGUCGCCCUGCAAACUAUCAACAAGGAGGAAAGAUUCGAAGCCUCCAUCUUUGGUUUCAUCGAUGCCUUGCCCCUCAUUAAGGAGAAGACCCCAGAGUUGCCCAGCCACACGCUGAAGAGCCUGGACAGCAUAUUCCUCUGGGGCGAGCUGAACGACACACGAGCCGAAAACUGUGCCAAGGCCCUGAAGGAUUUGUGUACUGUCUUGGAGGUUAACCCUGUGAUGGAGAAAAGGCCAGUCAUUUUCUACUCCAACUUGCGGUCCUACGCCUCCCUGCAACCCCUCCUGUGGCAGAAGCUCCUCUCCGAGCCCUCCGCCAAGACCUUGGCGCUGCACAAUAUCUGCCUUUCCAUGCUCCAGAACGUCUACGAAGAGGACCCGGAAAGGGGGCUGAGCAAGUUGUGCAGGUUCCUGAAUCGCAUCCGAAAGGACACGGAGGGGAAAAUCCAAAAGCUGAGCAAGAUCCGCUUCUAUUUCCGAAACCUGCAGCCGGCACCUUGA